UGCGCGGGGUGCCGGAGCCUGUGGAGAUGUACCAGCUGGACGCUGUGCCCGGGCGCACCUUCGCUGCGCUGCGGCUGUACCGAGAGGCGGCGGAGCUUGACGACAAUGGCGAUGCUACGUCAAGCAGUGACGAGGCCUCUGCGUCCACCGCGAUGAGCAGCGUCUCGCACACUAUUGUGUCUCUGUUGGCUUUGCUGUUUGGAACCUUUGUGGCUCCGCAGCGGCUGAAGGUUCUGCGUCCUCUCUGCGAGCGGUGGGGGGUCAGUGUGCCGUGCGGGGUCAGAAGGGCGGGCCGUGAGGAGGAGGCGUGCCGCGUGGCGAUGGAGCGGCUGGCGGCCAAAAUGGGCCGUGUGAUGAGGAAAAGUGCCUGCAAGCUUCCGUCUGAGGGCAAGCCGCGCAAAGAAAGUCUGCAGCCCAUUUCUGUCUGUCGGAGUGGCGAUGCGUUGCACUUAUUCAACGCCGCUGUUGAGAGGGGGGGCGGUCUCGGGGGGCGCCUGUCGCACAGUGGCUUGUGGAGAGCGUCUUUGUCUCCAACAGAAGAGGCGUGCUCGGCGACGGAUGGCUCGAAUGUCACCAUCCACGUUCGUCGACCCGAGUAA